CUAAACGCGACCAGAGGAUCUCUAAAAUGCUGAAUAUAUAAGUCGCAGUUAAGGUAGCCAGUAUUAUUUUUAGCGACUUUCAAGAUGGCCAUCGAACAAUAUGGGCGUAUUACAGAGGAAAAUAUGUAUUCGCAAAGAAUACACAUGAAUGACGACGCUGAACUUUACAACAGUGCGAAUGACGUCACGAGACGAGAUGCGAUACAAUUACUAGAAGAGUAUUCGUCAAAACUUAAAUUUAAAGUAAGAAAUCCAAGAGUGAUUGAUGUUGGUAGCGCUGAUGGCAGUGUUACCAAAAUAUUAUCCAAAUAUCUGCCAGAGAAAUAUAAAAUACUCGUCGGCUCCGACAUUAAUAAAAAAUCUAUUGAAUUUGCAAAUAAAACAUAUGGAGAUAAUCGAUUGAAAUUCAUUCCACUCAACAUAGAGGGAAAUUUGCCUGACAAUUUAAGGGAUGCUUUUGAUAACACCUUUUCGUUUUAUACUUUUCAAUGGGUGAGAAAUCAAGAGAAAGCGUUUACUAAUAUAUACAACAUGUUAUCGAAGAAUGGGGAAUGUUUUGUAAUGUUUUUGGGAUAUUCUCAUAUCUACACUCUAUUCUACGCAUUGUCGAAAUCGCCGAAAUGGAGGUCCUUACUAAAAGAUUUCGAUACUUUUGCCUCGCCUUUCUGGAACUAUCGGGAUCCGGAGAAAGAGCUAAAUAAAAUACUAAAGAGUAUUGGGUUUAACGAAAUCGAAGUAAAAUGUAAGCAAAUGGUUUACGAUUACAAAAGCCUGGACGCAAUAAAGGCUUUGGUCACUGCAAUAAAUCCGUUCGUAAUCCCUGAAGAUAUUUGGCCAGAAUUUUUGGACGACUUCGUAAAAGUCACGCAAGACAUGAAACUCAUAGACGAACAAACUGGCGCCGUGAAAAUAAACUACAACCUUCUCGUGGUACAUUGCUUUAAAUGAACGAAUGAUAAAUAAGUAGUUUCUUCAGGAAAUCUAGCAGUGAAGUGCAAUUUAAAUAUAGGCUUGCUAGUGAUAGAUACGUGUUAAAUAUAAUAAUUCCCUUUUUUUAUAAAAUAAUGCAGUCAUCUAAAUUUUUUGGAAAUCGCAAUUGUUUUCUUUCAUUGCAAAUUUUCGUUAAAGCGCGAGAUCGAUAACAUAAAGCAUUUUUAUUUGGUCGUUUCGUCUUUUCGUUUCGUCUUUAGGACAGUCCAAUCCCUACUUUAGAGACUUAGGGUGUGUGUAACAAAUUCUGAGUAAAUUCUACUCGUCACAUAUAUCCAGGCGACCAUAUACAAGUGAAUCUUCUGAUCUAUGCUCCUAAAUAAAUGGUAAUAAGAUAGGUACUUUCUACAUUAGCUGUUUAAUAUAACUGUCAAAUAAAAUGUAUGUAUGUACUUGAAUCUUGUGAAACAGGCCCGAAGUAUUACUUUAUUUUAUUUCGGUAUAAAUAAGUAUCUUCUUCUGCUUAAAUAAGUAAUCGUCCAUUUUAAUUUUAAUGUCUUUUAGUUAUUUUUAAUCGACUCCAGAAAAAGGGGAUGGUUAUCAAUUCGAUGUGUUUUUUUUUAUUAAAACUUCUAUCAACAUUCUUGUUAAUCACGUUAAAUAAAGACGCAUAACCCCAUAAAAUAAAUUUAAAAAUAUAAAUAAACAAGUUAAUUUAUUUGUAAGUCUAUUUUUAGUCAAUAAAUUUUUAUAUGUGUUACAAAAUA